UGUAACCUAGACAUAGGCCGUUCUAGUUAUCAGUAGAUUACCUAGGUAUCGUCAAUCCGCUGUUUGCUCACAGUUUUAAUCAUAUUAUUACACACGUGCGGGGAGUAGCCAUAGGUUUCUUGAAUCUAGUUACAUUAAUAAGAUUAUACGAUCGCUUCACAAGGUUCCCCGCUCGUAUAUAAACGGAUUUCGAAAUGUUUAUGUCGGCAGUUGACAGAAGCGUAUAUGUAUAUGAGCGAUCAUAAGUCACCACACCCAGUGACCGGAUUGUCGGUUUUAGUAUUAGCUUCUAGUUCGGAUGAUUGUACGCGCGUCUUCGUGUCGGAGUGCUGUGCCUCGGUUGAAAGGCCUGCCGAAAGGACAGGGCUCCGCGCGCGAGGACGGUCCGCGGCCCUCCGCUCUGAGGAACCAUGGACUGCUGUAUUUCGGAAGAAGCCAAAGAACAGAAAAGAAUCAACCAGGAGAUAGAGCGGCAACUCCGAAAGGACAAACGCGAUGCCAGAAGAGAACUCAAACUGCUGCUGCUGGGUACUGGCGAGUCGGGCAAGUCAACAUUCAUCAAGCAGAUGAGAAUUAUCCACGGCUCCGGCUAUAGCGACGACGAUAAGCGCGGUUUCAUCAAGCUCGUCUACCAGAACAUCUUCAUGGCGAUGCAGAGCAUGAUACGCGCUAUGGACCUACUCAAAAUACAAUACGGAAAUCCGUCCAAUGAAGAAAAGGCGGAGUUGAUAUCAUCAAUCGACUUUGAGAGUGUGACGACCUUUGAGAGCCCUUAUGUGGAAGCUAUAAAGGCCCUUUGGGCCGAUUCGGGGAUUCAAGAGUGCUACGACCGCAGGCGGGAGUACCAACUGACUGACUCGGCUAAAUACUACCUGCAGGAGAUUGACCGCGUGGCGGGCCCAAAUUACUUACCUACCGAACAAGACAUCCUUCGCGUGAGAGUACCCACUACGGGUAUCAUUGAGUACCCAUUUGACUUGGAAGAGAUUCGAUUUAGGAUGGUAGACGUGGGCGGGCAGAGGUCCGAGAGAAGGAAGUGGAUCCAUUGUUUUGAGAACGUCACUUCUAUCAUAUUCUUAGUAGCUCUUAGUGAAUAUGAUCAAAUUUUAUUCGAAUCCGAAAAUGAGAAUCGAAUGGAAGAAUCGAAGGCGCUUUUCAAGACUAUCAUCACGUACCCCUGGUUCCAGCACUCGUCAGUCAUCUUGUUCUUGAACAAAAAGGAUUUGCUCGAGGAGAAGAUCAUGUACUCACAUCUCGUCGACUAUUUCCCAGAAUACGACGGUCCGCAGCGCGACGCGAGCACCGCGCGCGAGUUCAUUCUGCGAAUGUUUGUGGAUCUCAAUCCGGACGCCGAGAAAAUCAUCUACUCGCACUUCACCUGCGCGACAGACACUGAGAACAUCCGGUUCGUGUUCGCGGCCGUGAAGGACACCAUCCUGCAGUCCAACCUGAAGGAGUACAACCUGGUGUAGGCCGCGCCGCGCCGCGCCGCUCUGUGAUUGUGUAUAACACAUAAUUAAAACAUCAUCACUUCACAACAAAGUGUAAAUUCACGAACUGAGAUCGAAUGGACUAACCGAUACAUCUUUAAAUGAUUUAUGAGAAAAAUAAGGUUAGAUUGUAAGUCAUUUAACCCAAAACUAGCACGAGUCGGAAAUCAUUCGUUCUCGAUCCGAAUGGGUCGCUUCACGACGCGUCAGGUUUUUUGACAUGUUUUUUUAUGAUGAAGUUAUUCACGACUAUGUAUGUGUCUGUAUCGGUGAAUUAUUAAAUUGUGCAUUUUUGAAUGCCGCGUCGCCGCCCGGGCUCGUCGCGGCACCUGCUUUAUAGUCAUUGUUUUAGGAUUUUUGUAAAGUUUGUUGCCAUAAUAUCUUUCUACAUUUAGUAUACAUUUAUGUCCAGACGGAUGGAUUUGAACAAACUAGUCCUAUGAACUUACGCGUGUUUCACGUCAUCCUCGUGGGUCGAGACGGGACUUUCAGCUUUAUCGAUCGGGAUGCUUCCGUGUUACUAUUACGUAUUUAUUUAAAUUAUGAUGAUGUUUGUCGGCGGCUUGUGCGCCGCUCCGGAGUGGGGACGCGCUGGAAGACGGCCGAGGGACAUCACGGGUACGGAACUUCUGUUUGGGGCCAAUAUUUUAUCUCUAAUGGAUUUUUACCUCGUGCGAGUCACCCCGAGAAAUGUAAGGUUGUGGAUUUUCAUAUUCCACAAUGCUGUUAUACUAAUUAGACUUAUUUUACCAGAACUUCGGGAUGAAUUUGUGAUAAGAUGGCCCAAUCGAAUUGCACCUAAAGCGUACAACUUCAAUUCUCACUGCCAUUUUUGCAAAUGAAUAUUAAAUCUUAGUUGGCUCGGCAUUUAAUUAAUUAUGGCUAUUAUCUGACAUUAAAAUUUUGUUAAGUUCUGUUAAUUGCUGUGGAUAGAAUUCGAGUGUAAACUCGUUGACAACACACAAUAGAACCUUUCUGUACCUCGGCCGCCUCUCAAUAGCUCGAAUUCAGUACUACUGUAUGUUCUGUUUGCUUGGAAGAUUAUAUUCUAUUAAUGAUGCGUUUAUUUUGUACAUUGGAAUUUUGUUACUUGAUAUAAUAUGUUAUAUGUUAUUAUUUAAGCUGUUUAUAUUUAACAAUGGUGUUUUCUACACGAAUUGACUUCAAGCGAAACGUUUUUAUUUUUUACGUUCGACCGUAGGCUUUGUGUACGCAGUUGUAUGGUGUAUUCGGUUUCUUCCUAAUGUUAUCUGUAACAAGAAAAAGGAAAACAAAUAGCAUUAUAUCAGUAUAGAAUGUUACUAUGUUAGUUGUGUAAGGACAUUUUUGAUGCAUUUGAUAUAAACUUUUUUUACUAGAAAUCCAAUAAAGCGGAAUGUGAAUUGUGUAACCGUAACUGGAGUUUUUUGCACGAAAGCUUUUACCACACGAAUGUAAUAUAUUGUACAUUUGGGUGUAACCGUGCUGAGUGCAGCGAGCAGACAGCUCGGCGCCCAGUUUUGCUAUUGGCAACCGCGGCCGCUCUCACACACACAACUACUCCUAUACAUGUUUUAGACAAUUUUAUUAUGCUAUGCUUAAUUUAGUGUGUUGCUUCGUGUUAUUGUUUAAUUAUUUUAUGUAUAGUCAGAAACAAAGUUUCUAUUUUUUAAAGGAAUAACUUAUUGUAUUAACUUAUUUGUUGUUGUGACUUGAUUUUCUAUUUACCGUUUAAGAGUUUCCGAUUAAUUUUUGAGAAGGAAGCGAACAGUUUUAUAUACCAGCCGACCACCGACACUGUCAAUAGCAAAACUAUUUGCUUUUGGUUAUAAGAUACAGCUGUCCGAGAUGCUCAAGAUAUUGUGAAUUUGAAACUUAGCGCACAAUAUUGGAAUAUUUCUAGUGAUGUUACCCAUUGAUGUGCAAUCUGUGUGUACAUAGAACUAUGUUUGGUUUGUGCAACUGUGCAGCAAAAACGAUCGGUUAGGAGUUAGGCGUCCGGCGUCCGGCGUACGCGGCCCGCGCGGAGCGGCGCGGCGGCCGCUCUCCCCCUCACCCCCUCAUCCCCUCACUCCACAACUCUCCCCAAAUCUCCGACUUCCCACUCCCCAUUCCUCUCCCCGCGACUCACCGCGUCUCACCGCGCGCCGCCCGGGGAGACAGCACCAUCGAUAAUCUCUCUUAUUUGCCAAAGGGAAUAUGUUUUAAUACCUUUAUAAGUAAUGAUGUACAGACUGAUCUUAUAGUUUUCUUUUUCAAUACUUUAAAGUAUAUAUAUGUGGGUGUUUACAGUUGUGUACAGUGCAGUGGGCGUCAGAUGUGAGUAACCGUAAUGAUCAUGUAAACGGAAUAAGAAAAUAGUGAGAGUCCAAAAUGGUUAAUAUUUUUUAAUCAAGCCGUGACCCUGAUAAGCGUACUUCGGACAUGAUUCUAAUCCGAAGUAUCCCAGGAUUAAGUCCCUUCUCCUUCCUCAACCUAGCGUACAUUACUAGAAACUGUAUGAAAUAUUUAAUUUAAUUUAUGAAAACUUUCUUUUAUAUGUAUAACUAAUUAUAUGUCACAAAAUAAAUAAAAAAUUGACUUAUUUACAAACAUUACCUUUAUCUUACACUUUUAAAUUGCAGACUUUUAUGGAUAUAAAAAAAUAAAUAUUUUAAACCUAUGGUUUUCUUUAUUUUAUGUUCUGUUUAAUUUGUGGUUAGCUUUGAUAUCCUGUCCUUUGUGAUCUUGACCGUUUAGAAACUGGACUCAUAUUCCUUUGGAUUUGACUUUAUGUAAUGGUUAGCAAUUUAGAUAUUUGGUCACAGUUACAGGUGUUAUUGAAAACAUUUUUAAAGAUUAUUGAAAGGCACUAAUGUAAAAACAUUUGAGUUCUAAUAUUCUAUAAUAAAUUGUAAAAUUGAUAUUUUCUAGUAAACUUAAAGACAAAAUGACACUGCCGUGUUUUACAACUUUGAAAAACUUCAUUUAAAUUUCAGACUUUUCUGUGAAAAGACUAGGUUUGUUUUCCGUCCUCCAAAACGCUGAUGGUCUCGUGGGUUCUUAUACAUUUUCUUAUUCUGUCUGCGUACACAUAGUUUAAUUUAUGUCAAAUACAAGUUGUCUCGCCUGACGCCGCCCGCACGCUUCGGCCCGUCCGCCGCGCCCUCCUCGUCGGGCAACUGUCGUACGAAUGGACUGAAUUCUCUUAUACUGGCGUGAUUUAUUACCUAUAUUUUUUUUACAGUGGACAUUCAAAAUAAUGCUAAAAACUAUAUUAUAGUCUAACGUUGCUUUACCUUUUGCGUGAGAUUGUGAGAAUUUUAGCUUAAGUUUCGACUGAAGAUGGAUGCCUGUAUGUAAUAUUGUAAAUUAUAAUUUCUCAUAAAAUAUAAUUUUUUUCAGCUAA